AUGCUGUCCCAACGAUUUGCGCGGGCCUCGACGGUCCGCGGCGCCGUCCAGGCCGCCCGACGAACCCCGAUUGUCCAGCAACGUACCUUCUUCCCUCCUCAGUUCAACGACCGCAAAGUUCUCGAGGAGAAGUACCCCGAGUACCCGACUCUGUCUGACGCAGAGGACCCCAACAUGAACGGCGGAUACAUCAACCCUCCCUUCAUCAAGAGACAGUUCCGCGAUCCCCACGGCGAUUGGUGGGACAAGCAGGAGCGCCGCAACUUUGGCGAGCCUGUCCACGAAGACCACGACUUGCUCGGCAUGUUCUCCCCUUUCGAGUACACCUGGACCACCACCGGCAAGGGCCUGGCCCAGAUCGGUGCCUUUAUCGUCGUCUUCCUCGGUGUCUGCGGUGUUGUCAAGGCCAGCUACCCCGACAAGGCUUCAUACCCGAGAGAAUUCCCCGACGGACUCGAGAGGGAGUUGGGAGGUGCUAGCGCUCUGCGGGCGGAGUGGGACGCAGACGCGACAGCUUUGCCGCCAAGAAUGGCAAGAACGCAAGAUACUGUGGGGGGUUUCGACAUGCGUUACGAUAAUUGGGACGUCCUGCUGUUCCCCAGCAGUGGAUCGGUGCCGCUGAAGGAGUUCAAGACAGACUGCUCCGUCAUUCCGGACCUUGCAUCAUCUCCGGGGUCUUUUGGCUUACCGGUUGUUCAUGGUUUCGUCCCCAGUCUUCCCCGCAACAUGCCGCUGACGGUUUCUAUCUUUUCUUGGACAAUCCCUUCUAUCAGCAACCCGAAUCAAAACGCCAAGAUUGUAGUCUUUGCGGCGAGGGUUUACAUCGAUGGAGAACUCGUCGCCGAGGACGUAUUCGACCAAGGUCGGCGGACGCCUCUUCCCAUCUCUCAAAGUCUCAAACCAAACAAACACGGUGACCGCGAUCUGAUCAGGUUCCCUGCAUUCAACGAGAAAUAUUUACGAGAAUACUCCUGGAAUCCUGCCGCAUCCCUUGGCCGCAUUCAAGUUAUCGUCACGGAAGCAGUCCAGCGUGACCCGACGACUCUUUCCUUGGACCACAUCAAAAAUAUCGCUGCAUUUUCUUUCUGCCACGCUCCACUCGAGACGCUCGAGGAAGCUGCCAUUGCCUGGCCGAACCGACGCAUGUGGGAGAGUGCCACGCCGGCACAUGACUUUCCCUCAGCAGUCUAUCCAACAGGCCACGAUCUAUCUUCUCAGCAAUGGCCUACAAGACCUGUGAGAGAUCAGCCUCAACAGCCUUUGUCUUCAACUCCAGCGCUCACGACUCUGCCAGUCUUCCAAAUAGAGGCGAGUCCGUCAGACCCGCUUCGUUCGACUGGAGAUUCCGUUCAGCGUGCCAUAGAAGGGUCCCAUGGUUGCGCUAUCCGUCGGAAUCCGUCACGCACUGGUGUUCUGUCGGCCUCAGUCAGCGCAGCGCAUCCAUCCCUCAUGCUUCAAGAUACCACCAAUCUAAUCGGCCACAACCCAGGGCCAUUAAAUCCUGUUCAUUGGGAUUACCCGGUUGGCGAAGCCCUUUAUGGCGACCUUAACCCAAGCAGUUUCUCCACCCAGAGCCAACAAAUACGUGGUGAAGCACCAUUGAGUUCAUUGGAGGCUUCAGACUCUACAACCGACAAGUUUGUCUCUUCCGUCCACGAUGCGAGGUCGCAGGCUGCCCCGGCCGCGAAGUGGAGCAUGUCAGUGCUUGGUCUGCCAGUCUCUCAUGGCAAUGGUCCUCAACCUCGACGGGAGCUCUACGCUCCAAUCCCCGCAACAGAGGUCAAGUCUCGCAAAGAGUGCCAGCCUCAGCACAACAUCUCGAAGCCAUUGGCAUCAAGAUUUCCCGAAUCAACAUCAGACCCGGAGCUGUUGAAAAGGGUGAAAGGUCGGGCGCUCUCGACCCUGAACACGCCUCAGGCCAGGUUCAUGUUGAUUGAUCCUGCCAACACCGCCAGGCGCGCUCCGUCGUUGGGCACGCUGGGCACGCCAUCGAAGAAGCGGUCUUCGGCGGCGAAGAGUAUCCGGCGAUCCGUAUCAUUUGGUCCAGUCGUCAGGGACAUUGAGAUUGAGCGGCCGCAACCUGGCAUAAAGCCGAGUCAGUGUAAACGCGACUUCACCCCUCUUGGUGUUGUAGAUGUUGUCGCCCAAUCUGACCAAGGCCAUUCCAGCCCCAUCCUUUGA